AUGCCUCCCAUCAAAGGGCAAUCAGUUGUGGUCAUCGGUGGAUCCUCUGGCAUAGGUGCCGCAGCAGCUAAGCUGGCCUGUAUCGAAGGUCUCAAGGUGGCUGUCGCCUCGUCCAACCGGAGCCGUGUUGACGAGGCCGUCAGGAAGAUACAGGACGCAGUGCCUGACGCCAAUAUCACCGGUUACACUGUCGACAUAAGUGGACUUGACGUAGAGUCAAAUUUAGAGAAGCUGUUCAUCGAGGUAGCGGAGGCCAAUGGCGGGAACAUCGACCACAUCAUCCUGACCGCUGGCCUCGCCAACGUCAAGCCCAUCUCUGAAUACACAGUCGAGUAUUUCAGGGAAACCGCUCCACUCCGCCUGGCUGCCCCUGUGCUCAUUGCGAAGCUAGCCCCGCGCUUCCUGGCGCGGCAUUGGACGUCCUCUAUAAUCUUCACUGGCGGAGAGGUCGGUCAAAAGCCCGUCAAGGGGUACGCCGUCGGCGCCGGAUGGGCGGCCUCGCUCUACGGGACCGUCCGCGCCUUAGCACUCGAGAUGUCGCCGAUACGCGUCAAUGCAGUCAGCCCUGGCGCGACCGCUACAGAGCUUUGGGGCCCUCCUGGAGAGGCCCGAGAGAAGCUAGAAGCUUUUGUCUCCGCAAAGGCGCUGCUUGGCAAGCCUGGUCAGCCGGAAGAGGUCGGUGAGGCUUACAUUUAUUUGAUGAAAGACACCAACAACACCGGGAGCGUGAUCAGCUCCAGUGGGGGUUCUCUGCUUCAGUAA